AUGCCGGCGUCUUUGAGGGUAGAACUAUUCCCCUCCCAUCUCCAACCAUUUAUCGACUUUUACACCGAUGUUUUGAGCUUCAAGCUCGUCAAACAUAUAGACGAUUAUGCCUACCUCAAGCGGGACAAUAUCUUCAUUGGCGCCAUUGAGACAGGGUCGACAGAGACUCGCGAGCAGAAGGAAAGUUACCGCCGCCCAAGCAAGGGAAUCGAGUUGGUCAUAGAGGUCGACGAUCUUGAAAAAGAAAGGGACUUUAUCGUCGGGAAGGGUUGGAAGUUGGACGCCGAUAUCGAGACGCAGCCAUGGGGGUUAAGGGAUUUCCGCCUCGUUGACCCCGACGGGUAUUAUCUCAGAUUCACCACCCACAGUGCAAAGAGAGACAGAGUAUACGUUCCCUAA